GAUAUCGGAAAGGGCCGAAUGCCUUUUUCUUUUUCCCGUGAUCGACGAUCAAUUGAUUGAUUAUUAUUCUCCUUCAUUCGUUCAAUCUUAGUGGUCAAAUUGCAUUCCUCAUAGACAUCACGUGAUCAGGCGUUUCCUUUGUUCGCGACUCCUCCCUUCCCGCGACAAGUGACAGGAAAAGGGAACGUGUUGACAGUCAAUCAAUUCGUCUCUGACUCUUGAGGACAUGGACGAAGAUUUUGGAGAUGACGCAGCCUUUGUUGCUGCUGUUAAUGCUGUCGAACGCAACUAUACUCCUAAGCCCAUUUCCGCCACCGCACGACAACAAUCACAACCACAACCACAAGCUCAAGCCAGACCAGCGACGACAAUAGGCGCGAGACCGGCAGCAGCAUCUUCAUCCUCUUCAGCAACAGGACCUCCCAAAGUCCAACAGCCAAAACCUCAAGUCAUACCCGGCGCGCGCUCUGGGCCCUCGUCGAUUCUCGUGUCGCCACGGCAAAAAGGCAAUCCGAUCCUAAACAACGUGCGCUCCUUGCCAUGGGAAUACUCCGACAUACCCGCCGACUACGUGUUGGGUGGGACGACAUGCGCAUUGUUUCUAUCGCUCAAAUAUCACCGCCUGCAUCCUGAAUAUGUAUACUCGCGCAUUCGACAACUGGGGCAUAAAUACAACCUACGAAUCCUCCUUACCAUGGUAGACAUCACAAACCACGAGGAAUCGCUCAAGGAACUAUCCAAGACGAGCCUCGUGAAUGAUCUGACGUUGAUCCUCUGCUGGAGCGCGGCCGAAGCAGGUCGCUAUCUCGAAUUAUUCAAAUCAUGCGAACACACUGCCCCGACAUCGAUCCGGGCAGCGCAAGCAACGUCCUACGCGGACAAGGUCGUCGAAUUUGUCACCGUGCCGCGCAGCAUCAACAAGACAGACGCGCUGGGGUUGGUGUCAAGCUUCGGGAGCGUGCGCGCAGGAGUCAAUGCGCGACCAGAAGAACUCUCGCUCAUGGCAGGCUGGGGAGAGGCCAAGGUGCAGCGAUGGACGAGCGCUGUGCGAGAGAAUUUCCGAGUCAAGAGGACUGCGCGCAGGACAGCUGGCACGGGUGUGGAUGGUAGUGUCGCUGGUCUGAGCCGAGAAACAAGCAGACGAGAUUAUAUGCCAACCACCAGUCGAGAAGAUAGCCUGUUCGAAGAGACUGAGGAUGUCCUGGAUAGAGCGUCAAUUACGCCCGCCGCGUCGGUGACACCUGCGCGUACGCCUAUUCCUAUCGGCACUGUACCAGCUCGACAUUCCGCAGCUACGGCUGCAGCUGUACGGUCGUCACAAUCAGGGUCUGCCACGCCAAAUAUACUGCCUCUACCUUCUGCUGCUGCUGCAGGAGGAGGACGAGGUGGUGGUGGUAGUAGUACUGCUAAUCCAGCCAAACCGCCCGCUCAUACUUCCGAAAUGGACCAUUUCGCCGACGACGAAGAAGCGCUACUUGCUGCUUCGGAAAUGCAGCCUGCACCACCAUCAUCAUCAUCAUCAUCAUCUCAUCACCGCAACAAGCGAACAGACGAGCCUCCCCUCAGCGAGGGCAUCAUGGCCGCACUCGCCAAAUUUCGUCAAGAGAAAUAACGCAUCUUACGUAUCACGACUUAUGUUCAAGCCACUUUAUAUCACUCAUGCCCAUAUUCAUUCUCUGUCCCACUCUCUGUCCCACUCUCAAUCACCCUCACACAUGUCCAUGUACAUAUUCGAGCCCACAUCUUUACUCGUCCAUCUACUCAUCUCAAUAUGCUCAUCUCCUCAAAAGGUCCCAUAGGCGUCAUAUACCCUCCUUUGAGUUUGUUUUAUCUUUUUUAUUUUUAUUGUUACCCUACCCCCCCGAAAGAUUUUUUCAUCAAUACGAAUACCAGAAAUGCAUAUCCUACAUUGCUGUCCUACCUUACUAUCUGACAUUAUAUCCUGCAU